AUGGACAGUCUUCUCCAACAUAUGGCCGGGCAAACCACCUCAUGCUCCGAUGGGGCCUCUUCUACCACGCCCGCCCCUGCUACCGGCUCCCCCGUGACCGGCCAAAUGGUCCUCCUCGACAUGUUCUUCCCCGGCUUUUCGACAUUCUCAGCCUUCGUCCAAAAGAACCUCAACAUCGACCUCAACCUGUACAUCCCGCUCGUCCUAAUAUGCGGCGCCCUCACGUUCGCCUGGCAGUACUUUAGCGAAUACUGCUGGGACUUGAUCGACCGCUACAUGAUGUCGGUCGUGGACGUACGCACCGACGACGAGAUCUACAACAUGCUGAUGGGCUGGGUGGCCGCGCAAAAGUUUGCCCAGGGCGCGCGGCGCUUCGUCGUCAACACGAACCUGAACUCGCGCACCUGGUGGCUUUGGCGGUACGACUACGACGACGAGGAGGAGGACGGGACUGAGGAGGACGGUGGUGGUGCCCACCACUCAUCCGCCAAGGGGGCCGGAAAGAAAGCGUUGGCGUACACGCCCACGUUCGGCAGCCACUGGUUCUGGUACAAGGGACGACUGCUGUGCUUCCGCCGACAACAGAGCCGUGACAUGGCCGGCUUUUCGCUCCCCAGCGAGCGGGAGGAGAUCUCCAUCAAGUGCUUCGGCAGAAACCCCUGGAUCCUGAAGGAGCUGUUGCUAGAGGCCAGACAGGUGUACAUGAAGCGCGACGAGGCCAAGACGCUCAUCUACCGCGGAGCGACUAAAGGGUCGGGUAGUGAACCAACCUGGCAGCGAUGCAUGGCGCGCACCUCGCGACCGUUCUCCACCGUCAUCCUGAACGAGAAGGUCAAGAAGGAGCUGAUUGAUGACGUGACGGAUUACCUCAACCCGGCAACGCGCAGGUGGUACGCCAACCGCGGGAUUCCCUACCGCAGGGGCUACCUCCUCCAUGGACCGCCUGGUACGGGCAAGUCUUCGUUGAGUCUGGCGCUGGCCGGGUUUUUCAAGAUGAGGAUUUAUAUCGUCAGCUUGUCUUCCAUCGCUGCUAACGAGGAGAACCUCGCCUCUCUGUUUUCCGAGCUUCCACGUCGGUGCGUUGUUUUGCUGGAGGAUAUCGACACCGCCGGCCUUACCCACACGCGCGAGGACGGUAAGGUCGUGGCGGUCGAUGGCAGCGGCAGCGAUGACAUGGUUCCCGGCCAAAUAACCCCUGGAGACGGCACGACCACCACUCCCACCCCAAGCGGCCGCCUCUCCCUCUCUGGCCUCCUCAAUAUCUUGGAUGGCGUCGCCUCCCAGGAGGGCCGCGUCCUCAUCAUGACCACCAACCACCUCGAAAAACUGGACAAGGCCCUGAUCCGGCCGGGACGAGUCGAUAUGAUCGUCGAGUUUGGGCGUGCAGAUAAGGAGAUGACGGCCGCUAUUUUUCGGGCGAUUUUUGCUCCGCUUGAAGGCGACGAGGUUGACACACCCUCUGAUGCCGAUUCCGUCUCAGUCACCACCACCACCACCACCUCCUCCGCCUCCCCUAAGGAUCUUUCCGCAGCAGCCGAAGAGACGAGGAAAGUCAACGAAGCCCGUCGCGAACUAGAGCGCGACGAAGCCACUCUCAAAGUAGUCGAGUUAGCCGACCAGUUCGCGGACAAGAUCCCCGCGCACGAGUUCAGUCCGGCCGAGAUCCAGGGGUUUUUGUUGAAACACAAGCGGAACGCAGCAGCGGCGGUGGAAGGGGCGGAGCAGUGGGUUGUGGAGACACGGAAGGAGAAGAUGGAGAAGGAGUUGAGGGAGGCGAGGGAGCGGAGGGAGAAGGAGGAGAAGGAGAAGGAGGAGGCGAAAAAGAAAAAGGAGGAUGGCGAUGGUGAUCAAAAGGAGAAAGAAGAUGAUGAUAAGGAGGAAACAAAAGAGAAGAAGGCGGAGAAGAAGGGUAAAAAGGAACGAAGGAGUAGGAAACACCACAAAAAGACCUCUAGAAGGUCAAGGAGGUCGAGAAAGAACGACUCCGACUCCUCCGAUGAUUCUUCAUCGUCCUCGUCCUCUUCGUCCUCGUCCGAUUCCGAGUCUGAGUCUGAACCGGAGAUCGUCAAGGAGAAGAAGUCUAGGAGGAAGCAUGCUAAGAAAGAGCAGAACGAGACAAUACCUCCGGUCCUGGUCAAGGAGGAUACCAUCAAGGUCCAGGUUGUUCCUGUUCCCGUGGUCGUCCCCGUCACCAUCACUCCCGCUCCCGAGGCAGACAACACUGACGAUCUUGACAAGGCUGUUGUGGAAGUGAAGGAUAUACUCGUCCCCCAGAUCUCGGUAACAGAAGUAAAGGAAGUGAGGUCGACAGGUUCGGAGGAUGGAAAAGAUUCUGGGUAUGGAACGCCUUAG